AUGGCGACGUGGGCAUACGUGCUGUACUUCGGGGCCGGCCCCUGGCAGGUUUGGCACCAGAGGCUGGUGCUGGGGCAGGUGGCGCUAUCGGCUGGUAGCCUCUUCGUGAUCGCCACCCCCGACCGGCACGUGUACGCGGAGGACUACAGUGCAGGGUCAGCCGACGUCGCGGCCGUGAGGUGGGCGGCGGCCUUCAACGUGCUGCCGGACGGCAUCCCCCCCGGGGACGUCUACCGCUUCUGGGCGGAGCCGACGGUGGCGCAGCGGGCCGCCUUCCUCGCCGCGGCGGUGCCCGAGGCGGCAGGCGAGUGCGCCGGGCUGGCCGCGGCCCAUGGGGCGUGGCGGCCCCGGCGGUGGACGCCCACUGCCUGCUGCCGGUCCCGGUGGGCGGACCCGCGGCCGACGCAGGGGUGGCCGCUGCGGGCGCGCCCGCUGCUCUCGGAGCCGCGGCGCCCGCGCGGGGUCGUGGCUGUUGGCGCGGCGGACGGACGUGGUGCUGCUCGCUGGGUCGCCGCCGAGUGCUUCGGCGGCUUCCGCGUGGGGGACGACGUGGCCCACCAGGCCGGAGCGGGCGCCAUCGGGGACAAGGACAUCCACCGACUGGCGGACGGCUCGGGCCUCUUCGUGCAGUACUUGCGGCCGGGCGAUGAGCAGGAGUUCUUCGACCGCAUCGUGGCCAGCGACGCCCGCAUCCUCCCGGUGCGCCGCAACAGGCUUGGGCGGCGGGAGCGCACGUGGGCGGACAUGUGUGCCGCGGUGACAAAGGAGGAUUUCGGCAAGGACUGGACGCUCGGUGGCGUCCGGACGGCGGGCUGGUGCCUGGAGCACAUCAACUCGGAGGGCGGCAGCUUGGACGCUCACCACGACCGAUUUCGAUCGCUGUGCCGCCUGGAGCCCAACGCCUGGGGGGUGGCCGAGCACCUCCACCUCACGGCGGCGGUGAAGGCCGGCCUCCUCGUCGACCAGCUCGACGGCACGAACCUCGUCAUGGUGGAGAUGCUGCUGAGGAGGAUGCAAACUAUUGAAUUCGCCCACCUCGAGCGGGCGAAGGAGGCCGAGUCAAAAGGGUACAGUGGCCGCCUCAGCCUUGAGGAGCAGCAGGCGUUCUCGGGGCUCAGCCGUGGCUCGGGGCAGCUCAUGAUUUGUCCGGAGCUCCUCGAUGUGGUUCGUGUCGACGUUGAUCGGGAGGCGCAGCUCAACAAGGCCCUGCGCAAGGGGCGCGAGGAGCGAGAUGCCGCCCGCAAGAAGGGCGGGGGCGACAAGUCGUGA